CGAACGCCGCGCUUCACCCUACGACCCCCAAAUUGUUGUUAAUUAAACAAAAACGUUGAUCAUCUAUUAAACAGUAUCGGCCCGCGUGUGUCUGUGUGCUCUGUGUCGUGUUACACCCAGGUGUUACCAGUUCGAUCCGGUUUCGCCCAGACGGAGCCACUUCGAGCCAGCCUGAGCCGACCGGAGCAUGGGUGGAAAUGUCAUGGUGUGAGAUGGCGCGGGUGUCGCUCGCCACUCUGUUUGCCGCGCUGCUGGCAGUGGCCACCUCGCGUGCGCCGACGCAAGACCCCGUGCUGUUUGAAGCGGCUUUUCAAGGGAGGUGCGGCGAGGGCAGCCCCUGCGAACAGCUGUGCCGCGAGCUGCACGACGGGACGUAUGAGUGCGGCUGCGCGCCUGGCUAUGUGCUGCAUGUUGACGGCUACGGCUGUUUAGAAAUCAAUGCAACAAAGGCGACGGAAGCCGCCGACGUCAAAGAGGAUGUACUUUAUCAGAAAGACGUUUCGUUUUCUGCGGAGCUAGAGCUGGCGCCGUCCUAUAGAAUAAGUAAUAUUAACGAUAGACAUAUCGAAAGGCUAACAACCCACGAACCACUACAUAAUGAAGACAGAAGACAGAAUUAUUCGUACACAGGCGAAAAGAGCAAAGAGUUGGAUGGACUCAAAAGUUUAUUAGAAGACGGCGUGAGUAACGCUGACUUGAAUAUUAUAUCGGAGAAGUCUAGUGAUUUUGAGAAAGUCAAAGUGACUACAUUGGGACCGAGUUUGGAACAGAAAGUACCAGGCGCUACGUCGUCACCGCCACGAACAACUGCUGUGGAGAGUUGCAAUUGCGAUCCUUGCACGGACCCGAGGUGUACCUGCGUGUAUAGGAAAUGUAAAACUGACCAAAAGAUAGUUACGCCGCGCUUCUCUGGCACCUCGUGGCUCGCGCUACACGCGCUGCGCGGCGCCUACAAGCGCGUUCGGCUGCGAAUCCGGGUGCGGCCUGAGAGGGCCCGAGGCGUGUUGUUGCUGACCGGCGAACACGACGAUCUGUCUGGUGAUUAUCUAGCGCUGGUGCUGAGGAACGGACAUGUGGAGUUGAGGUUCGACUGCGGCAGUGGUGCUGGUGUACUUCGUUCCCCGGAGCCGGUGCGUCUCGGUCGUUGGAACACCAUAGCGGUGUACCGCCACCGGUGGGAUGCGUGGUUGAGGCUGAAUGCUGGCAAGCGGGUUAGAGGACGCUCCAAGGGCCUUUUCUCCCGGAUGACAUUCCGAGAGCCAGUGUGGGUGGGCGGCGCUGGUAACACCACGGGCUUGCAAAACAAACUGGGCCUGACUGAAGGUCUACUGGGCUGUGUGGAUUUCUUGCGGAUCAAUGGCGAUACGUACAGGCUGGUGAAGGAUGCUGUCUCUACUUUGGAUAUAAAUGAAUGUGCUCCCACCCUCGCUCCAUGGAGACCAUUAAACGAAGUGACCAGCGAAAUAAUACCACACAGACACAACGAAAUAGACCAUGCGAUAUACGACAUUAACGAUAUCGUACAUUUUGAAGAUAACGACCUAGUAAUGCGAGACUCGAAGGACCAAAACAAAAUGGUGAAUUCCAUAAUUAAUUACAACGAAAUCAAAAAAAUAAAGUUCGAUAAUGAUAAACGGGACGUUCGAGUGUUUAAUGGUGUCGAUAAUGAAAUGAAAAGUGAUGAAAUGAAGGUGAUGAAAGAGGAUUACUGCGAGUGCGAACAUGGCGGGGGGUGUGUCGGUUCAGUGUGCUUGUGCCCGCUCGGCUACGCGGGGGAGAAAUGCGAAAUCACACUCGAUUUGAAGGUUCCUAGAUUUAACGGCUCCUCGUAUCUGCGGCUGCCCGGCUUGGGCAAUUCGGCGCAAUCCUGGCUCGACAUACAGAUAACAGUAAAACCUUCAAGCGGCGAUGGACUACUGCUAUACAACUCACAGGACCCGAGCGGCGACGGGGAUUUCUUCUCACUACAUUUGAGGGACUAUUUUGUAGAAUUUGCUUUUGAUUUGGGCUCUGGUAUUGCUCUUGUAAGAUCGGCUUACCCGCUCCAUCAGAACCGGUGGCAUCACAUAACAGUGAACCGGUCCGGGCGGCGCGCCACGCUGCACGUCCGACACGACGACGACACGACCACGCGCUCGGUGACGUCGCGCGGCCUCGCGCGCUACCUGCAGCUGAGGCAGCACCUGCUGCUGGGCGGGGCGCCGCACCCGCUGCCCGCGAGGCUCGCUUUGAAGACUUCGUUCAGCGGCUGUGUGGAACAGUUAAUAAUAAACGACGAGGAGCUGUCCGUCGUGUCGUCAGCUUUGGGCGGAGUCAAUGUGGAUAACUGUGAUGACGCCAGAAAUAAUUCCUGCAACAAAAACCACUGUAAAGAAAAACCUGAACCAAUACCAAUAUAUCCGAAAAACUUAACGGAAAAUGGCAUCCACCACGCGAUAGUACCAAAAAAGGGUUUCAGGUUAAAAUAUCACAAGACAAAAUCGAAAAAACACACACAAAGCAAGAAAUAUAAGAAGAAUUUGAAGAAAUACCAAUAUUUAGAAGAGAAAAGGUCGAAUGAUAUAAUAACAGAGAGGCCAUACGAUGGACAGACAUACAUGCAAGUGAAAUAUUUGAAUAGUAAUGAAAUUAAUUGGGGAGAUACCAACACGUAUCCCAGUUUUUCUGGCACUGAUAGCUUCAUACACAUCGAUGAUGAAGAAACUAUGAAGAGGCUGGUGAGCUACUCGCUGGACAUAAACAUCCGCUUCCGGGCGGUGUCGGCGCGCGGGCUGCUGGUGUGGAGCGGGCGCGCGCCGCCGCGGCCGCCGCACGCCAGCGGGGGGGACUUCCUGUCGCUCGCCGUCGAGGACUCCGUGCUCGUUUUUAGAUACGACUUGGGAAGCGGUGAAGUCGUUAUAAUAGCGAAUCACACUAAAGUGGAUGAUGGAUUGUGGCACAGAGCGCGUGCUACUAGAAACAGACAAGCGGGAGUGUUAGAAGUGGACGGGCUGGGUUCAGUGGGCAAAGUGUCACCUGGAAAGUUGAAGCAAUUGAAUACUGAGAACGGUUUAUAUAUAGGUGGUCUACCGUCCAUAGAGAUCAAUACGAACGGCCGAUACAAAAUGGGUCUUAUCGGUUGUGUGUCACAAAUAUCACUGAGCGGUGAUUUCGACAUACCACUGACACUUUCAAAACUACCCCACACUAUAACAAAUAAUGUCGGCCGAUGCACACCGUAAAACUAGUUAUUUAAAUGAAAAAUCAUUUAAAUGAAUUUAUACGUGAAUGUAUCCGAUUUCUUUUGAAUGUUUAUUCCUUUCGAAUAGGGUACUUGACGAAAAUACUAGAUUUGUGAAAUUACUUUUUUGUUCAUAAAUAUACUGCGUUCUCAAAGUACUGACGAAUAUGCCUAUUAAUAAUUAAUCUGUAAAUAUAAAAUACAAUUAAAAAGCUUAUAAAUUUUCAAGAGUACUUAAAUAUUUUGUUUUAGUAUUAUGACGUCACAACCCUCAGCGAAAUUGAAGAUUUGGCGGCAAAUUGAAUAUGUAUCUUUCAGAAUUGCCCUUGCACGUGUUAAUUUAAAAAAAGAAAAAUAUUAAAGACAUAAAGGCUGAAAUAGGUUAUCGAGUACCCUAUUAUUUACAACCCAACUCCGCAAGUACAUAUCAAUUCUAAAUUCGGAGGCAAUAACUUCAUUUCAUCUAUACAAUUAGUCAAUUUAUUAUCUGUAUCGCAAUCUUCCCCUUGGCGUUUAACCUUUAUUUAUUUACGUACAAUGUAACUUUUCGAAGUGCUUUACUAUCUAGUAGAUAAAAAAAAAACUAUUUGUAAUGUUAUAAAAUUAAAUCUAGUCGUACAAGUGAUUUGCACGCGUUUUUUCGUUUACAAAUUAUAGUUUCAUUUAUCUAUAGACACACGACUUGUUACAUAGGAGUGUAGCGUACUAAUACAGAUGAGAUAUACCCGUCUCGCUCUAGAUUAACCGUAUUUCGGUGUGAUAGAGUGAGAUGGGACGAUUGGUGACGUCAUCUAUAUUUAUACGCGCUAUAUUUGUGCAGCGUACGAAUACAGAUGAGAUAUGCCCAUCUCGCUCUAGAGUAUCCGUAUUGCCCUGUGUUAGAGUGGGAUGGGAAAAUUCGAGACGUCAUCUAGAUUUAUACGCGCUAUAUUUAUAAACUAGUAUGUACACGUAAUAGCAUUUGUAUUGAAUUUUUGCAUAUGAACGUGUUUUAGAAGUAUGUAAGUAGAUAAUUAAUAAAUAGUAUUUGGUAUUACUGAGCUUUUAUAUUAAGCGUAGCCCUGUUUUUAUUUCCGCUUCGCUUCUGUUUAACUCAAUUAUUAUAUAAUACAAUACGUAACAGAAUUGAACUGGUUUGUAAUAAAUGCAUUUAUUUUAUUUUUUAACCUAAAUUAUUAUUAAGUACGUCUUUGAAAAUACCUUUUGAAAAUAAAUAUUUUGUCCUGUUUAAUAUUAGGUAUUUUAGAAAUUAAAGACCUAACGAAUAUUUUAAAUGCGAUUUAUAAUAUUAUUAUUUUAAUAAAACUGUAUGUCUGUGUGACUGAAGAAAUGAAUCGCAUAAAAUUAUCAGACAAAAGGCAUUGCUUUUAUGUGUUAUUAUAUAAUAUCUAGUCUUUAAUUUCUAAAACAUAAUUAAAUUCUAAUAUUUGCAAAUAACCUACAUGAGUGCUUAUAAAUGUUUAUGCGUAUUUCACAAAUCCCACUGUUUAUCACUAAUUUGUCAAUUAAUAAAUCCACAGGGUUAAAAUUGUUUUAUAUAACAUAUCGUUAUACAUAUGCUUUGCGUUUAUUUAAUUUUA